AGCAAGUCAAGCAUUAGCUUCUGUGAUGCUGUUUGCGGAAGAUGAGUACGAGGAGCGAGAAUUUAAAAUCGGCCUACCUGUUGGAGUCGAGCUUCCAGCUCUAGGUGAACAACGCCAUUUGUUGGUGAGGCUGUAUGGCUGGCCUAUGGGUUUGUCAGGUGCUAUCACAUGGCGGGGAGUUUGGGCAGCCUUGCCCAUCCUUCUGCAGCGCGCAGAGUCUCUGAAAGGUUCUAGUGUCCUCGAGCUUGGUGCUGGUUGCGGUUUGCUGGCCAACACAGCUGCUGUGCUGGGAGCUCACAGUAUUGCAACCGACGGGAAUGAGGAGGAGAUGCCAUUGCUGCAAAAGAAUGCUUCAACAUUCACAGACCGCCUCCUGAUGGGUGGCUCUUUGUCAGCCGCCCACUUGGAAUGGGGUCAAGCAGCAGCAGAAAGGUCUGGCCUACUGCCGAAGAGCUUCAAGUUCAUCAUCGGCUCUGAGAUUGUGUACAUACCCGAGUGCAUUCCUGCUUUGGUGGAAAGUCUAUGCUUCUUUUUGGCUGAGGAUGGCGAGGUCUUGAUUGCCAACACAGCUGUGGCCACGCGCACGGAUCAGUCAGCCGCACGAGUGAAACUCUGUCAAUGUUUGGAAGCCAAAGGACUAGACUUCCACUUGGAGAUGCCACCACAAGCAUCACCUCCACCCAAUGAAUCUUCAUGGGCAGAAACCUCAUAUGUUUUAUAUAUUUACCGUGGUAAAAAGGAAAGGCUGGAACGAUUCUGAUACUUGCC